AUGACAGUCACUUGGAUGGCGCAUGUCGAUGCUGGAGUCGCCAUCCUCGUAACUGUCGUCACUUUGUGCGGUCUUAUGGUACAGUUUUCCAACUUCAAAAGCGCCGAGAAGUACGUGAGCGCUGCAAAUUCGGCAAGAGCUGCCUACCAGAAGGCCGUGCAAGACUUCGUGGCAGCUGGGGGUAUCAUGCCAGGAGCCAAGCCGCCCAGAGAUCCCAACAUUCCAAAGAAGCCCCCGAAUGCCUUCCAGCUCUUCAUGAGCGCGAAGCGCGUAGACAUCGCGGAGUCUCUGGCUCCAGAUGCCAAGUUCUUGAUCGAGGCCGGGCGGCUCUGGCGGGAUCUGGGUGACGACGCCCGCGCUCCUUACCAGGCCCAGGCCGAUGAACUAAAAGCGGCGUACGCGAAGAAGCGGAAAGCCUAUCUUGACUCGGGUGGGGUGAUCCCCGUCAGGAAGCCAAAGUUGCGGACCAGGGGCAAGAAGAAGACAAAAAGAGAUCCGCAGGAGCCAAAGCGGCCACUGUCGGCUUACGUGCUCUGGGUACGUGAGAACCGCCCGACGAUCGCCGCCUCGCUGCCGGCCGGUCAUCGCCAAUCCGAGGUGAUGAAGGAGGCUGGCCAGCGCUGGCGGGCCCUGGGCGAGAAGCAGAAGGCGCCGUACCAGCAGAAGGCGGCGGAUCUCAAGGCGGAGUACCAGAAGGAGAUGCGAAAGUACGAAGACUUCCUGCGCGGCAGCUGA